UGUUUCCUGGUUUGUUGUUGAAAUCGUGCUCAGAAAGUGUUUUGGUCCGUCUGUAUGAUGGGUUUCCGGAAGCGGAGAGCCCGCUUCUCACGUCUCUGGCCCCCUCCUUGUAGGUCAUGAAGACCAUCUUCCACCAAGCGUUCAACGCCUACAAGAUGGACAUCGAGCCCCGCGUGAGGGACGCCGCCAUGUCCCGGGUGCAGUGCAGCAGAAGGCUGUUUGAGAUCACGCUGUCCCACCGGCGGGCCACAGCUGCCUACAUCCAGGGCAUAGGCAGGGUAGUCACUGUGGAGGGAGAGGCAGCUCGAGUGCUCAACUUUGACACGGGAUCUGGGGUGAAUCUUGGGCUCCAGGGCCUGGAGUCUUUGGAAGAAUUCAUUGGCAAGAUCGCGACAGCUGUGGAUCAGAGCGACAUCUUGGAAGCUUUGGCUGCCAAAAUAAGACACUCUAAACAGGUGGUGGAAGACUUUAAACAGAAUGGACUCCUCACGACAAUUUUCAAGUGACUGGGGGCAACACGACUGCCCCCGCCCCCCAGAGGGUGACUCUCCUCCCUGCAGGGCAGAAAGGAGCUAGGAAUGAGGUUAGGCUGAAAUAGAAUUUCGUGAGUGUUGGCAAGUUAGCAAUUAUACACGAAAGCUACAUCGAAGCUUGGGGUCUUUAUAUAUAAAUUAAACAAGUGAAGUUUCCAAA